CCUUUUUGUGGUGGCACGUGAAGGCGGCGGGGGCUGUCUGAGCCGGGGGGACGGCGCAGUGUUGUCACUCACCGCAGCGGCGUGUCGAGCGUUUUUGUGUCCAGGAGAAAUGGCCGGGAUUAAAGCUCUCAUCAGCCUCUCCUUCGGAGGAGCCAUCGGCCUCAUGUUCCUCAUGCUUGGAUGUGCCCUCCCUGUGUAUGAUAAAUACUGGCCCUUGUUCCUGCUCUUCUUCUACAUCCUGUCCCCCCUCCCUUACUGCAUCUCGCGGAGGGUGAUCGACGACACAGACUCGGCCAGCAACGCCUGCAAAGAGCUCGCCAUCUUCCUCACGACGGGCAUCGUCAUCUCAGCCUUCGGCCUGCCCGUCGUCUUCGCAAGAGCUGAAGUCAUUGCCUGGGGGGCGUGUGCGCUCGUGCUUACGGGCAACAUUGUCAUCUUCGGCACCAUCCUGGGCUUCUUCCUCGUCUUCGGAUCCAACGACGACUUCAGCUGGCAGCAGUGGACUACAAAAGAACCACAGCGGCUCCAUCCAGCGUGUGUUACCACCCUGUGGCAUCAUGAGCUCCUUUCCUAAACGUUGAAAGAAUUCGAACAGCUGCUGAUGAAAUUCUUCCGGGUCAUUUCACGCAGCGAGGAACCUUCCCAAGCAAAAUGGACAAAUCCCCAAAAAGGUGCUCUGUCUCAUCUGUUUGAUCCGAACACAAACGGAAAUGUGUCAAUCAGGUCACCGAUUUGAAUGACGUGGUUGAAAACAUGUAUCUCGUCUUCUUAGUCAAUCCACGCACUCAUGGAAAAUGAAACCACAGAUUUGCACUGAUAAGACACAACAGAGUUUUAAUCUCAGCUAUUCGCCUCCCGCCUCGCGGCUCCGGCUCCGGCGCCAGAACAUCCAUCUUAUUUACCUGACCAGCGACACACUUGCUCCUUUCAAAAGUGAACUUUUGUACAUUCUGUCUCGGCCGCAGUUUAUUAGGAAGAAGAACAAAAACAAGUUGACGUCUUUUAACAGUAUCUCCGACAUGAACUUAAAAAAACCCAACUCUUUCAGAGGAGGAGAGCGUUUGGAAAUGUGCCGAGGGGGAAUCCCACUCCGAGCCGACAGCUGGUGCGUCGCGACACUUCCUGUCGGGUCCCCGACUCGUCCAGAGAUCAGAACCUCGGUGGAGGCAUUGAUUGUAUUAAAAGCACCACAGUGUAAUGGCGGCUUUUUAGUUUUCUGUUACAGUAUUUUAAACUACUGACAUGAUUUGUGCAUGUUGUUAUUAUGUGACACCACUUUGAGUCUAGAGGAAAUGCUCUCUGCAGUAGAUCUACCCCCUGGUGGUGGUGGUCGUGAACGUCUGUAUGAAUUUAAAAGCUGAAUUUGUAAAGAAGAAGAAAUAGUUCUCUGAUUCCUGUUUUGCUUUUCUGGACGAACUCCCUGAUGUGACGCUGGGAUGAGAUCCUCUCUGUGUUUCUGUUCCAACACACAUGUUACAUUUCUUUUUCUUUCUCACAGAUUUGGGAGGAUGUUGUAUUUAUUUAUGUCACGGGACGCUCUGUGUCAAUGUCCGACGCCAUUUUUACAAUCUACAACGUUUGUGUUAACGCAGAAGAAUUCAGCAUGGUGGGUUUUUCUUUUCCUUGAUUUUUUUUUUUUUUUUUUUUUUAAAUAAACGCCAUUUUUGAA